GUCACAUGUGUUGGAAACAGAGCAGAAGGAUGCCAUUCCCAGAUGCGCUUUUUAUGUCUUUGUCUGACUUAAACUACUGGAAGUAAUUGCUGACACUUAUCAAAGGCUGGCACAAUCUGAGGAUAAAAAGGUUGCGUAAAAAUACGACGUUGCCUGCAGAGAUCUACUGCAGUCAAACAACCCUCCACCUCCUCCUGUCAGAGUCCUGUUUCUGUCACUACAUGUACAGGUUCUCCUGGAGAUUACCAAGAGUUGUGUGUGUGUGUGUGUGUGAGCAGAGCUUUCGUCAGAACACAUCAGUCAUGGCCUUCUUCCCUCCAGUCGCCCUCAGACCCGACGUCACGGAACAUCUCAAGAACACCUUCACCAAUCAGGAGCUUGUCGCUAAGGUGGGUGAGGAGGCUGCGUCGGAGGAGUUUGAUUCGCUGUUGUCGUGUUUGUCUCAUCCGCCAUCUUUCACCUGUGUACGCGUCAACACACACCUGGCCGAUCGGGAGCAGGUACAGGAGCUUCUUCACACUGAACUCUCCAAGCAACAGCUGUCUGGUUGUCAUGGGGAUGAUCCAUCGCUGGUUCCGGUUCCGCAUCCGCUACUUCCAGAUGUCCUGCUGCUGCCCAUCAUCGGACCCAGGUGUGUGAGCGCUAUAGAUCGUGAGGUGGUGGUCGGAGUCCAGUGUGGGAAUGCUGUCCUGAGGGGAGCUCAUGUCUUCGCCCCAGGAAUUGUCAGCGCUCCAAUGACUCUUCAGGUAGGGGACACAGUGAGUGUGUAUUCUGAUGUGGAGGGCCGCUGCUGUCGAGGGGCGAAGAGCUUCGACGGCCAGAAGGUGUUUCUAGGCAACGGAGUGUGUGAAAUGGGACGACACGAAGUCUUCAGAUGCACAGACACACCCAGGGGCUUAGCAGUGAGGAUGACAGAUCGUCUGUAUUCCACUCCGUGUUUUGACAAAGUUCUAACGCAUUUAGUCUUCCUUCAGAACCUGCCCUCAGUGGUGGUGAGCCAUGUGUUGGAUCCUCAGCCUGGAGAAUGUGUGUUGGACAUGUGUGCUGCGCCGGGAGGAAAGACCACACACAUCGCUGCACUCAUGAGGAACCAGGGCCUUGUUAUUGCGCUGGAUAAGAUCUCCUCCAAGAUCCAGCGUGUGUGUGAGAGCGCCGCGUCCCUGCAGCUGGACUGCAUCAAGGCCUUCUGCUGCAACAGCAUUCAUGCCGCGGCUCAGCCAGAAUCCAACCGCACCCAUGCCGGACCCAAACACAGUGCAGAACAACUCGGGUGUACUCUGGCAGGUGGUCCGCCAUUCCCUGAGCAGUCGUUUGACCGCGUGUUGCUUGACGCUCCGUGCAGUGCACUGGGACAGAGACCCAACAUGAGCAGCCACGCCUCACUCAAGGAGAUCAGGUCAUACCAGCCACUACAGAGGAAACUACUGACUACGGCAGUGUGUCUCUUGAAGACAGGAGGGGUGUUGGUGUACAGCACGUGCACAGUGACGCUGGCGGAAAAUGAAGAACAAGUGGCCUGGGCCCUCAAGACCUUCCCAUGUCUAACUCUUGAAGCACAGGAGCCUCACCUGGGGGAGCAGGGCAUGCUGGGAGCUGGGCUGUCACAUGACCAAAGGAGGAAGCUGCAGAGGUUCUGGCCCCGCCUCCGACGCCUAGGGGGUGGCACUAUAGUUGGACACUCAGCCAAUCAGCAGUCAAGCACAGACUCAUUAACCAAUCCAAGUCAAGAAGGGGAAGGGCUUGUCGAUGGACACGCUCAAAUGCCCCGCCUACAUGAGGCUAACUCCGAUACCAUUGGCUUCUUCAUCGCCAAGUUCAGGAAGAGCUGAUGGCCAAUCACAGUCAAGCACAGACUUUUCCGAACACACCAGAAGCCUUUUAUACCUUAACAAUUUCAGAGAGGUUCUAUGGAUAUGACGACGAGAGAGAAACCUUGCGACUUUUCAGGGUGGCACUGCACUCUAGGGGCGCCAAUGGAGGAGCGCAGAUCCAGUCAGAAUGAAUGGACUGCGUUCACUCAACAGUGCCACUAGGUGAAUUGCAGGCAUGGGGAGAAUAGCAAGUGGGGCGCCUGUAGACCGGCUGUGACAUGGUGGACUAGAACUCAUGUAACAUGGCAGAACACAAUGGUUCUGACUGUUAUGAACCUGGUGGAACACAUUGGAAUGGCUCUAUUGUAUAUUACAUCUCCAUUAAGACAUUAAAGUCAUUAUGCAUUAUUUCCAUAAAAGCGUUAUUGUUGAUGCCA